AUGAUCAAAUAUCUGAGACUUGUGACCUUCAUUGGGAUUGUUGUAAACGUGGUUCAAAUUUCAGUCGCUUCUGUCGUUUCUACCGGAGAUUUCGACAAGGAUUUCUUUGUAACAUGGGCUCCUACCCAUGUCAACACUUCUGAUGAUGGCAGAACCAGAAGCUUGAAGCUUGACAAGGACUCUGGUUCUGGGUUUGCCUCAAAUGACAUGUUCCUAUUUGGUCAGAUUGACAUGCAAAUAAAGCUCAUCCCCGGCCACUCCGCCGGCACGGUGGUGGCCUAUUACCUCUCAUCGGAUCAACCUAACCGUGACGAGAUAGACUUUGAAUUCCUUGGAAACGUCGAGGGGCAGCCUUAUAUCCUUCAAACAAAUGUUUAUGCGGAUGGGUUUGAUGACAGGGAGGAAAGAAUCAAGCUGUGGUUUGAUCCAACUCAGGACUUCCACACCUAUUCCAUCCUCUGGAAUCUUCACCAAAUUGUUUUCAUGGUAGAUUCGGUUCCCAUCAGAACGUACAGAAACCAUGCAGACAAGGGCGUGGCGUUUCCGAGGUGGCAGCCAAUGGGCAUCAAGGCCAGCAUAUGGAAUGGAGACAGCUGGGCGACAGGCGGCGGAAAUGACAAGAUUGACUGGACGAAGGGUCCCUUCAUUGCCUCUUUCAGGAACUACAAGAUCGAUGCUUGUGUAUGGAAGGGCAACCCUAGGUUUUGCAGGGCUGCUAGCUCCACCAAUUGGUGGAACCAGGAACCCUCCAGCUCCCUGACGUGGGCCCAGAGAAGGCUUUUCAAGUGGGUUCGGAAGAACCAUCUCAUUUACGAUUAUUGCCAGGACACCAAGAGGUUCAACAAUAACCUCCCGAAGGAGUGCUCUCUUCCCAAGUACUAA